AAUCCUUUGACGAAAAUGCCUACACUGCUUCAAACAGCACUCUUUUGUUUUCAUGUGCUUGAAGCGAGCUCUGGCGGCCGUCAGCAGCAACUCAAGUGGGUAAAAGAGCACCCUGGUUUCCGUCCUCAGUCACAUCGUUCACUUCUUUCCGGUCGGCGAGACAAGAUGUCUCACCGAAAAUUCAGUGCCCCUCGUCAUGGGUCGAUGGGCUUCUACCCUAAGAAGCGCUCCAAGCGUCAUCGUGGAAAGGUAAAGGCUUUCCCUAAGGAUGACCCAUCGAAGCCCGUCCACCUUACGGCCUUCAUCGCCUACAAGGCGGGCAUGACCCACGUCGUAAGAGAGGCCGACCGACCUGGUUCUAAACUUAACAAGAAAGAAAUUGUGGAAGCCGUCACCAUCCUUGAAGCACCUCCCAUGGUUGUUGUGGGUGUAGUUGGUUACAUCGAAACUCCCCAUGGUCUCCGAUCGCUCGCCACUGUCUGGGCUGAGCAUCUGUCAGAGGACUGCCGCCGUAGAUAUUACAAGAACUGGUACAAAUCAAAGAAGAAGGCUUUCACCAAGACUUCCAAGAAGUGGCAGGAUGAAUUGGGCCGCAAGUCUAUUGAGAGGAACUUCAAGAAACUUGUGCGCUACUGCACUGUCAUCAGGGUCAUCUGCCACACUCAAAUGAAACUGUUGAGGCAUCGCCAGAAGAAGGCUCACAUCAUGGAGAUCCAGCUCAAUGGAGGUUCCAUUGAAGACAAGGUGAAGUGGGCGCGUGAGCACCUGGAGAAGCCCAUCCCUGUGUCCAACGUCUUCUCUGCUGACGAGAUGAUUGACUGCAUUGGUGUCACUAAGGGUCAUGGAAUGAAGGGUGUCACCUCCCGUUGGCACACCAAGAAACUUCCCAGGAAGACACACAAGGGUCUGCGAAAGGUCGCGUGUAUUGGUGCGUGGCAUCCUAGCAGAGUAUCCUUCACUGUUGCCAGGGCUGGUCAGAAGGGUUACCACCACAGAACUGAGAUGAACAAGAAGAUCUACCGUAUUGGACAGGGCAUUCACAUCAAGGAUGGCAAGGUUGUUAAGAACAAUGCCUCAACUGAGUAUGACUUGACCGAGAAGACCAUUACUCCCAUGGGUGGAUUCCCCCACUAUGGUGAGGUAAACAAUGACUACCUUAUGAUCAAGGGCUGUGUUGUUGGUCCCAAGAAGCGUGUUAUCACCCUCAGAAAGUCCCUGAUCACACACACAAAGAGGGUUGCUUUGGAGAAGAUCAACCUUAAGUUCAUCGACACAUCAUCCAAGUUUGGUCAUGGUCGCUUCCAGACCUCUGCUGAUAAGGCUGCCUUCAUGGGUCCCCUGAAGAAAGAUCGUAUCAAGGAGGAAGAAGCUGCUGCUGCCGCCGCUGCCCAAGCCUCAGCAUGAUGUGAACGAUGUUGAAUAAAAAAUAUAAAAUGUUAAA